CGGGCAGACGGAGUGUCAUUUUGCUGAAAUGGUUUCAUGUUUGCUUAAAAAGCUUAAAUCGAUAUUUACAUCAUUUGUAGAAUAUGGAGCACAUAAAUGAAUACGAUAUCGACAUGUUCUAAUUAACACGCAACUGACUGGAGUAGUAAACAAUGGACAAGUUUAGGCUAAUUAUUUAUUUUAUUGGGUUUGCAAUCCUCCUCGCCUUUGCUUCUUGUUCGACCUGGGGGUUUUCAAACACAAAUGUAGCCCAACAUACGUAACUUGUUGACGAAGGAUAAAUCCAUAUGCAUUUAUUAAUUUUAAUCGAUGGGAUCAUACGUCGUCCAGGUUGUAAUAAUUGACAAGCAAAUAGGGAAACACGACUGUCUAGACUUUAUAAAUAUUUUUGACAAUAUACCCUACCCAGGAUUAUAAUGUUGUCGGAAUGUCAAUAAAAUUUGUUGGCUGUCUAAAACUAAGAAAUGUGUUAGUUGAGAGACCAGUUAACAGAUUAACGUAAGGAUACUUUAUACUCGCAUUUCUUCCAGUCCGCCACCCAGAAAUUGGGUGUUUCCCGUUUCUCGGAAAAAUGCAGAAUGCAGGAUCCCUUCGUAAACACCGGGCUCGUAAUUUAUCCAAGAUAUCCUGUCAGGGAUUGCUUUCAAACAAGGAUAAGGAUAAAUUGGUCAUUCUCAAUCGGGGAGCUAGUGGUUUGACCAAGGCAGAAUUUGUGGCCGUAGAAACUUCCGGCUUGCCAGAAAGUCCUCCAAUAAAUGAUCGAGAUCCAACCGAAACUCGACCAUAUUUACUGAGCAGCGGUGUAAUUUGGCGUCUCAAAACGAUCCUUACCCUGGGACGGGCUGUAUUCAUAUUUCCCUGGAGCUGGGGUUAAUUUCUGGGGGAAGAUAAGAUCUCUAAUUUCGAGAUCACGGCCUGGAGCCAGACUUGGGAAAGGAUUUGGCUGCUGGGGUCACUCGUGAUUUUGUCCUGUUCCAGCGUCCUGACUCUUUUUCAGUCCUCUUUGUUAAUCAGGAUUGUCCAAAGUUCUCCAGACUCGUAUCGGCUCCCGUUCAAGUUAUACACGAGCAUUUGUUGGCAUCUCCACUCCGUCAUGCUUGGCGGGCUUUUCUUGAUCUACAGUGAGGAGAUGAGGAGCUACACGAAUACUUUGUUCGCCUUCAAUAGGAGACUGGUUGCGCGGUACGUCGUGAGUAUGACUGAUUGGAGGAAAAAAGGUGGGCUCUUUAUGAAUGUUACACUCCCAAUACUUUGUACCCAAAUCGUCCUCUCCGCUAUGAGAUACUGCUCCAGCUACAAGUUGCCGCUCUACCUGACUCAUUUCUGGGGAGGAGAAAAUGGGGGUGACACUCCCCUCUGGCUCAUUGCCUUGGGGGCCGUGCAGGAUGUCUACACAUCCGGACAACUCGUGGCUGGGACUUUGUUUCUAGGCUGGGCCACAGUCGCUCAUGCGACGUCCUUGGAGUUUUGGAUGGAAGAAGCGCAUUGCAACAACGAGAGCGACAUGACGCGGGAAGAUUUACGAGAGCACGACCAGUCCAUGGAGCUCUACCGGAUGGCGCAACUCCUCUCAAACCUCUUCAACCACACCGUCGGAAAAGUGGCCAUCCCGAUGUGCGCCUUUUUGAAUUUUUCCGCCGCCAUUGGCCUCGGCUACCUCACCGUGCGAAGUAUGAACCACUUUUUCAUCGAGGAGUUCCCGUCCUCCUUCUUCUUCCCGUUCGGCGCAGUGCUCACCCUCUGCUCGGCCUUUGCACAAUUCCAAAUUGCGACAGUGUUGCAUGACAUGUCGGCAAGUUUUCUGGACUCCUGGUCCAACACGGAGGACCUCGCGGAGAGAAGAUUUCUCGUGUCGUGCGGAUUUAUUAAGACCACGGCGGUCGGAUUCACCUCGGUUACGAGGAAAAGUCUGGUUGGCUAUUUUCAAACGGUGUCGAAUUAUAUUAUUGAUGCAGUCAUUACAUUUCCGUAGUCGGUUGCGACAACAGAGUUUGUUAGUCGAGUUCGUUAUCAUAUAAGUUUCGCUAUUGUAAGCAUGCACGUAUUCGUUUAAUAAUUAUAAUUUGAAUAUUAUGAAUACUAUUACGUUGGAAUUGGACAAUGACUUGAAAAAUUCAUGACGGCGCUAACAACAGGAAACAUGUAUAGCAGGAAAUUCCUGUUAUAAAGCAUUUGUUUAAAACAAUGAUCGAUUGUUCACAGCAAUUUGAUAAAACUAACCUCAUAUCCUGUGUUUAAUACGCAUUCAAAAAAUUCAUUUGGUGUAUGUGAGUAGUAGAUAUCCAUGCAAGUUUCAAUGUGUCCCAAGAUACAGGUCCUAGUCUUUCUUGUGGUGCUGAUUUCAGGUAAAAUACACCAAUUUCCGCAUUUAAUAAUAAAACGGCUAAAUAAAUAUGUGGGGAAAUAUAAAUAAAUUAAAGAAUUUUAAUGGACGCAAUUUACAUUAAAUUGUGAUCACUUUCAUAUCGAUAUCUUUUAUGAUAUUAUCCGUGCAGACAGGAAUAGACGAAUUGCAGACAAUUUUACUAUUUAUGUAAAUAUGUAAAUACAAGUUUCGUCUUAAUGUUACAGCUUCCCAAGCAAGUCCUGGGGCAAAGUGCGUGUGUAAAAAGGAUGACAACGUAUUAACCGGGCGGCAGUGUGGCAAAGAAAUCAACAGAUUGCAAGGCGCCCCUCCAGUCAGGAAACGAAGGGAAGUCGAUGUGUCCACGCUUUACGAUGGUGAGGAAUGCCACCUCGAUUUCAUUUACGAGUGCCCAGAUCCACCAGACGCAACAACACCAGCGAAACCUAAGGAAAAUUGUAUCCAGCUCAUUGACAAUCAUUACACAUGCUCGGACCAGGAUGGAAAUGGAUUCUGCCAAUUUAAUUCAUC